AUGAAACAUCUUUUAUUCGCUUUGCUUUUACUGCUAUGGAAUGUGGUAACAGGGGAAGAGUUAUUACAACAAGUGCUUUUACGUGAUGCACCAAGCUGUGAUCGUGAUGUCUUAUCUUGCCACUGGCAAGGCAGCGUUGAUUCAUGUUGUUCUCCAAAAUAUGGAUUGGUGGUCCUUGCCUUACAAUGGGUGCCUGGUUAUGGUCCAGCCGACGAGUUCACUAUUCAUGGCUUGUGGCCCGAUACAUGCUCCGGUGGUCGACCACCCUCCCGAGGUUGUGACAGAACACGUUCCAGCAACAAUGUCGGGAAUAUUAUUCGAAACACCAAUCCAGGGCUCCACCAAAAAUUACGCACCUAUUGGCCGAGUUACAAGGGCGAUGACAAUUGGUUUUGGUCACACGAAUGGACCAAGCAUGGUACCUGCGUUAGUACAUUGAGGCCGGCAUGCUAUGGGGAUGCUUAUCGCAAAUACCAAGAUCUGGAAGAGUACUUUGAGCAAGUGCUUGAUUUGCAACAGCAAUACGAUAUCUAUGGUGUCCUAAAUGUGGCUGGUGUGUUCCCUGGUCAAUAUUACAGCGUUUACACAAUCAGGGAUGCCUUGGAAAAGUUUUAUGGUGCCAAAAUCAUGCUCAAUUGUGACCGCAACGGGCAACUUCAUGAAGUAAUGCUGUACUUUUACGUGCGAGGACGUGACGAUUACGAGAUUACAGAUGCACUUGGCUAUGGAAGCUGUCGUGGAAGAGUGUGGUACCCAAAGAAAUAA